AUGAACAUUGCCUAUAAACGCAUAUCAAAAAAUCUGCAAGAGAAAGAGCAGACAGAGAAAGCUAAGAAGAAGAAGAAGGAGGAGGAGGAGAAGAAGAAGAAGAAGAAGAAGAAGAAGAAGAAGAAGAAGAAGAAGAAGAAGAAGAAGAAGAAGAAGAAGAAGAAAGAAGCUCUCAGAUCGGAAAUACCGGAUGCUCAGCCAUGCGUGAAAGGCCCGAACUGCAAGGUGUUCUAUUCAGAUGACGAUAGGGCUGCCCUUUAA